GGUGGGUGACAUUUGACCGAGUGUAUGUAGAACUAUGGAGUUCAUCCUACAGGUCAUUGAACCCGCGAAUUUUUCCGGUCCCUACAAAUUGGCAGAGACGUCAGCUCGGCGCGGCAGGCCUGAACCAAUGUGCGGAUCCGCGCCGCUGGUGCGCGAGGUCUAGGUAGCGGAACAGCUCCUGUGCGGCACGAUGCGCACGGCCUAGGGAACGGAGCAGCUGCGGGCGACGACCAGGGACCGGGAAAACAAAACUCCGUGGGGACUUAAUUUCGCGUUAUGUUAAAAUACAAGCCGUUAUACCGUUAGCACCGUUCGUUGUUGCGAUUGGUCCACUUUUUUUUUAUAUAUGGAGGCCUGCGAGCAGCCAAUGAGAAACCCUCAACCGAGGAAGUUCCGAGUCACACGGACAGCCCAGUUGAAACGUGUCUCGCGAGUCAGAAACCACCACGGGACAGUGUAAUCUAUCCUGGAGGUCAAUGGUAAACGCGUUUUUUUUUUUUCCAGUCCGUCCGGACGGGCAAUAUUUUUCGGGACUUUCCCCCUGUGUAGCAGCCUGCGGGUUGGACAGGUGGGGAAAGGUAGGAAGCGGUGAGGGGGGGUUGCUUCACGAGGGACCUACUUUCUCCCGAGGCGCGGCGCGUCAGUGGCUCCGCAGUCGACGGCUGUCAGGGAUGUGCGAGGGUGUGCAGGCGCCGCGGGAAGACAGCGACGCCGAGGAGGACUCGCCGGUGCUGGAGCCUCACCAGAAGGAUGAGGCGUGCGACCUCUGGAACGGGGCGGCAGCGGCGACGGGCAAGACGCCCCUCGGCGGGCCGCUCCUGGACUUCAACGAGGCCCCCUCCUACCUCCAGUUCAACCCCUACAUCCGCUCCGGCUACCGCGGGCUGCUCACCACCAAGAUGUGCCUGGAGAGCGUGUUCUGGUGGACGAACGAGACGGUGAACAUCUGGAGCCACAUCUUUGGCUGGAUGCUGUUCAUGGGGCUGACGCUGUACGACCUGGUGCUCCUGAACAUCCACGCCUCGUUCACCGACAAGUUCAUCGUCGCCAUCCUGCUCGUCUGCUUUCAGAUAUGCAUGAUCCUGUCGUCGCUGUACCACACGUUCUCGUGCCGCUCCGAGAGGGACUACGUCUGCUUCCUGUCCUUCGACCUGUUCGGCAUCGCGCUCAGCCUGCUGGCCAUCUACAUGUCGGGCGUCUACUAUGCCUUCUGGUGCCACAAGCACUGGCAGACGUUCUACCUGGUGACGGUGGGCCUCAUCUUCUCGCUGGCCAUGGUGCUGCAGAUCCCCCGCCUGCAGGUGGACGCCAGCAGCAAGCUGCUGGUGUUCGUGGCGUGGGCGGCCUACGGCGUGGUGCCCACCCUGCACUGGACCGUCGUGAUGGGCGGGCUCGCCAACCCCGUCGUGCAGCUCCUGUUGCCGAGGGUGCUGGGCAUGUACGCCAUCAGCGGCCUCGCGUUCCUCAUCUACAUCUCCAAGUUCCCUGAGAGGUUUUUCUCAGGCCGCGUGGACUACAUAGGCUCGUCGCACCAGUGGUGGCACCUGUUCGUGGUGCUGGCCCUCUACUACUGGCACAACACGGGCAUCAUGUACGUCGAGUUCCGGAUGUCCCACGGGUGCGCAAACAGCAUGAGGCUCUAGGCCUCGCCGUCCCCGCCCCCCUCACCUCACCCCGCCUGCACGCACGCUGGCGCCGACGGCACGCUUGCAUGGCGCGCACCGGGCUAGCUGCUAGUCCGCUCCGCUUGCUGCUCGUUGUCUCUGUCCGCUCCGUAGUCGACUCUGUGGACCGGACACGAAUAAAAGAGAGUUUUGCGUUCGUUUGUACUUGGCCCCCGCACGGAGCGAAAGUCCCGCGCGGACAGGUUUGCAACGAAAAAAAUUGAGCGCAUUUUUGGCUUUGAAGGUGGUUCAGAGCAUCAUUCCUAUUUUUUAUAGCAAUGGCAUAACGUAGCAAUAAGGAAUACGUCCGCCCACGUUCUUACCGGACAGGCAUUGCAUGACUUGAGGUAUUUGUCUCCAUACAUUUUUUUGUGUGUCUUCUGAAGGUGAAUGGUUAUUUCAAGCAAUCACUUUAUGUGCUAAUGUGAACUUUAUGAAAUUCAGCUUUAGCAUGAUCCGUGUUAAAAAAAGUGCGCUUUAAAAUUUAAGGGCUUCCACUGCAAGUACAAAAAAAAUCAUGAUUUCAUUUACGUGUAAGUAGCACACGCUUUUAUUCCAUGCUUAGCACGAAAAUUUAAAAUUAAAUUCCGCCAGAUUUAUGUUGAUUUGAUAGAAUUUGUUCUAGUUUCAUUUUUUUGUCUUAUCUUUGUGAAAAAUUAAUAAACAACUGUAUUUUCUUUCUUUUUUUGUACUGCUGAAUCACAGGCUGGCGGCUGAAGUGGCAGAUUGUGACAGUAGUGAUUGCUCGUGAGUGGUCACGCCCUUACCGAUUGUGACACAGGCCGUGACAUGCCCUGUUCUCCGAUACCUCGUCCUUGACGCUGCAGACACUUGUCCAGACAAGAUGACGACAUUGUAUUUUGAGUGUGCCUGGUUUCACAUUUUAGUUCAUCUCACAUUCGGAUAUUAAAUUUUCACUCUGAAAUGAAAAGUGAUCAUGCAUGUACAAGAACAUGUGCAGUCUGUCUGAAAAACAAAUUUUGUCUAAAAUAUUUAACUUUGAAAAAUAUUUUUAAUGAUUUCACAAUUGUUUUAUUGGUUGGGUGCUGCAAACUAAACAUUUAUUUUGGAAAUGUACAAUAAUGUUUAAAUCAUGAUGCACUUAAGAAUAUUUUCAAAAUAUAAUGAAUUUAAAGUAAUACAAUUAGCAAGCAAACGUAAGGUUGAAAUUAUUGCCUUAAGGGAAAUAUAUUAAAGUACUAUGCUCCAAGGCAAAUAUUCCACUAAUGCUUAUGUAGUUACAAAAAUAAUUUAAAAGAGGCUUAUUUGAAAUUAUUUGUUAGUAACAAUACUUGAUGUUACUUCUUAUAUUUACUCAUUUUUGUUAAGUUUUCCUGUGGGAUUAAACUUCAUGUCAAUAACUGGUAGCAAAAAGGAGAGAACACAAAAGCAAAGAUUGAGGAAUUUGAAAAUUUUUAAUUAUUUGUUUAGUGACUUUUGUUAUCUGAAUGAGAUCAGAAACUCCUAAAAUGCUUUUGUAAGCCUUGCAAUCAUUUAACUCGUUACCUAUGCGAGGAAAACUUCUCAGUGUAUUGAUGGAUGCCCAUUUCUUAAUUUUUUACAUUCAGUACAUGUUUUUGUGGCACCCACAAGAUAUGACGGGAGAAAUACCCCCAUUUUCAUUUCAUAAAAACAGAAAAGGAUUAAAACAUAAGCAAGAAAUUUCAAAUGAAUGAAAACUUUUCUAUGACUUAUACUAACAUUUAAAAUUUGCAACUUUUUUUUUAGAGGGGAAUUUUUAUAGCCCUCUUCCAUGACUUGGAACCAAAAUGACUUUCGUGGUCCAGUAAACAUCGUGCAGUGGGUCUUCCCAGCUACUGAUUGGUGCUGCAUGCUCGCGGUUUCUGCCGUCCGGUGAUCCCCCCCGCCUCUUCCUUCUCGGACGAAGGGCUAGACUCAACGAGAGUCAAUUAACUGGUGAACUAAACAAUGUGAAAGCACGUACAACUGUCUGGUAAAGUCAUCCUUACACUUAAGUAGUAAAAUAAGCAAGUGACUGCCAGGGGUGUAUGCAGGAUUUCAUUCGGGAGGUCGUCCCUGGAGAACGUUUUGGAUUUCAAGAUCGUAAUACCUGCACAGUCGUAGUUUCAACCAUAGGUAAUUCAGCAACCAUAACGCACGAGAUGAAACAAAACUCACUAGCGCGUUAGCGCUACGAAACGGAUGGCGAAGGAACUAUCAACUGAAAAUACCUCAAAUAUCUGUCAUUAAAUAAUUUCUGACAGCAGAACCUGCAGCGCUACACGUGGCCUGCUGUUUGCUUUCAGUUUAUUUUGUUUUGUUGGUGGGAAUGUUAGGUUGGUUAGGAUUGGUGAGGGGAGGGGGUAUAUCCCCCAUACCCUCCCCACCUGCGUAUGCCCCUGGUGACUGCUGGUAUUUGUAUGGCAUUUGAAGCUCGGGAACUAGACUAGCUCGUCAGUAACGACAGAGCAGAGAAGGAAGAUGUGUGUGAAGUAACAGAUCGUCUGAACCAGAGACGGCUCCGUGAAGACUUCCCGGGAGGGGGAGGGGGGGGCUGUCGCAUAAAGAAGGAUGAAGUUGCAAGGCACAACUCUAAAUGAGCCAGAGAUUUGCUUUGGAAAAUUAACAAAAUUUAUGGUCUCAAAUACUGAACUUUAUAGCAGGUACUUUCAUACAAUUUUUGAUGGAAGACAAAUCUAACACGUGAUUUUAAGUAUUUAACUAUUUAAGUAAAGAUAAACAUACAUUCUGUUGGAGCCGUGCUUGGUAAGAACAGGGUCAGUAAAGUAACAUACUUAAAGGAGUAUCUCAGUGUGUGUCAUGCAAACAAUUAUAGCUGAGCAAAAGUAUCAUACGUUAUCACUUUCAUUAAAAAGAUUAACAUUUUGACUAUCCGUCAUAAUUUAAAAUGUGACUUCUUAAAGUUAGGAUUCAACUAUGAAUUUCAAGGCAAGUAACGUCACAAAAAAGCUUUACCUGUUCUGUACAAAGUGUGUCCCUAAUUUGUGAGGUUGCUAAUAUUUGGCAGCUAAUAAUCAUUGUACAUGAAAACAAUAUGUUCGAAAGUUUCAGCAGCUAAUUCACCAAUAUUAAUAGGUAAUGAAACUAUACGUACUUACACUGGUGAAUAUUAUUUUAGCAAUUUAAAGUUUCUAACAUUGAAUCUGGAAAGGCAUUUACCAUCUGCUAACUGAAUUCGGAGUGGCCUUAACUAUCGGUAAACCAAUUUUGAUGUUCCUGUUGGAAGUAAAUGAGCAGUAGAUAGUUCUAUAUCUGUUGAUACAUUCUUCACGACAUGGGUGGGCACUGGAAUCCAGGUAUCAGUUGAACAGUACAGUGGAAGGUCUUUAAUCCGGCAUCCGUGGCUCGGCACAUUCUGUGGUCCAACCCCAGUUCUGCCACUCGUGUUCAGGUACCACUUUUGGCUGGAUGCUGACUGUUGAUCUUGGCAUUACUGCGCUGACUCCGUUUCAGUUCACUCUGAGUUUAUCACUACUGCCAGUUUUCCAGCAGCUUACAUUUCACAUCUACUAUUUUCACCUGUAUCAAUAUAUAUAAAAAUCGACGUGUGUAUGUAUGUUCCCUAUGGACUCCAAAACGGCUGGUACUAUUUUGAUGAAAUUUUCAGGCAAUCUUCAGAUUAGUUCAACGGGUGAUUCUGUGAAGUUUGGUAGUGAUCGGAUCAACACUUUUUUUUUUGUUAUAUUUUCAAUACAAAUCAAUACAAAAUUUAAAUUUUUUUCUAUUUUUUGUUUAGAUUUUUGACAUUCACAAUUAAAAGUUAGUUCCUAUUGAAACUAUAAAGAGUUUCAAUAAUCCUGCAGAAUCACUAAUCCGGCAUGGAUAUUAUAUUGAAGGUGUUGCAUUAAUGGCCUUUCCCUGAACAAUUAAAAAGUAAGUCAGGUACUUUAUUUACAAUUGUAUCAAAUAAUUAGGAACAAGAUUAUAUGGUUUUGUUUUUAGGCUAAUUUCGUUUUUAAAAACAAGAUAUUUCUGAUUUUUUUUUUUUUAAUUUUUAUGAAUUCUGUUUAUUCAUGACUAUAGCAUAUUGUUAAAAUAAUAUGACACUUAAAUUAUUUUGUCUAAUAUAUUGAACUUAUACAAUAAAAAUAAAUUAGUAAGUAUUUUUGUUUGGAAAAUGUACCAUCAUAAUGUAAAACUGACUUACUAAUAAAACAGUUGCAAGAUAAAAAGAGUAAAAAAAAAAAAUUUUCAAUCGUUUUAGUACACACAUUUUGGUACAAAUUUCCUGCAAAAUAAAUUAUAUUUAUUGAAUUUAAUGUAUUUAAAAAUCAGGUUUUUGUGAUUUGAGUUAAUUUUUGUGUUAUAAAUGCUCAUUAAUUUCAUGAAUUUAGUUGGAUUUCAUUUCUUUAUGGUGUAUUAACUUGCUUUUUGGCAUUAUUUCAGUUUUAUCAAUAUUCACCGUGCAAUUGUAAGUUUCCAGGAGUGUUUAUUCUCAGGUGAUGUUUCAAGAAAGGGCUGUGUACGUGUACAAAACUAUUGUUACCACGUUGAGAUGUUGAGAGAUUAUCUACCGUACUGUUGGUUGUGCAUAUUGUAUUGUUUGUUAUCACGUUACAGUAUUACUACUUUGAUACCUUUAUGUUGUUUCACGUGUUGUGUGAAGUAAGAGUAAGAUGUGGGUUUACGAAGAACGCACGGUAGUUGCUACUAAGUUAGCUGCUGCGUAGCGUUGUACUUGUCAACUCUGUGAUAGAUCUGUGUGACUUGGUUAUUCAUCACAAUAAAAGUGUUUUUGCAAGAGA